UGCUACUCGCCUGGGGAGCUGCCGCCGGGCCGGCCCCUGCCACACCUGCUGUCUCGCGUCGCCAAGUGGGGACAGGCUCUGCCAGUAGCCCUGGUGUCCACCCUGGAGGAAAAUGGCAACAAGAAAUGGCAGGAGUGGCCCCUGCCUGGCAUCCAGUGCAUGGCACCUCCCCAGAAUAAGCUGCUCAGAGCUGGCACCCACCAGCGGUCCCUCUCACCCUGGAGAUACCGGGUGGACACAGACGAGAACUGCUACCCCCAGAAGCUGGCCUUUGCCCAGUGCCUCUGCAUGGGCUGCAUCAACGCCAACAUGGGCCACGAGACCAGGCUUAACUCUGUGCCUGUGACCCAGAACCUGCUCGUGUUGCGCCGCAAGCCCUGCGCCGAUGCCCCGGGGACCCCCGUGCCUGGAGCCUUCUCCUACCACUCUGAGUUCAUCGACGUGCCUGUCGGCUGCACCUGUGUCAUGCCCAGGUCCACCAGGUGACCUCCCCACCUGGACAUCAGGGGCCCUCUCUGGGUCACUGGUCAUUUACAUACCCCUGGGGUGACCUUGGCUCUGCUGCUCUGGGGUCCCUGGCCUUGAGUUUGGGGCAACAGUGGCAGAGCCCAGGUGCCAGGAGGGCUGGGUCCCCCAUAGCCAGAGGGGUACCCCUGUGCAUCAGUGCCCAUCUCCAGACUCAGCUGACCCUUUAACAAAAGCAGACAGUUGGGCGAGAA